AUGAUCAGUCUGCUCUGGAAAGCCUUCUAUGAUGACCAUGUCGAUACCUUUCGGCAGCUGUUGGAGACCGCGGCCUACAAUGCGCGACCGUAUGGAGCAAGAGGAGCAUCAUCGCACCGUUCCGCUGCGAUAGCGAGUCCCGUACAGCCGGGCACUUCGCCAAUGAACACAAGAAGCCGUCGGACUGCUACGCCAAAAACAGCUGUCAAUGCCGGGUCUGCCUUGACCAAAGAGAAUCUCAACAUGCUUGAUGGGGCGGGUAUGACACUGUUGCAUUACGCAGUGUCGUCUGUCAAGGAGACUGCCAUCGACUUUGCGACAGCACUCCUUGAGCACCCUAUCAUCGACCUGUAUGCGCAGGAUGAAGAGAACGGCUGGACAGCCCUGCAUCGUGCCUUUUACUUCGGCAACAUCACGAUUGCGCGCUUCAUAUUGGAACGUGAUGCAGGUGUGGCGCUUAGCAAGUUGAGAGGGAACUCCCGGCCGACCCUCUCGCUUGUCAAAGUGAAGGACAAGGAAGGGCUCGGCCCACUAGACUUGUACGCAGCUACGAUCAAGGAUAGGACUCUUCGCCCGGCGCUCUCUACGCGCCAGCGAUCAGGCUCCAACGGCAGUGAUGAUGAACGUCCGAUACUGGAUCCCAGCGACGGUCAUGGUCCAUCUCCAGUCAAAAUUCCUUUCAUUGAUGUCCAUGGCGAUCAACUCUUCCAUUUUGGCAGCAACCGAAACGUCUCACUGGGUUUCGGCGAUCAAGAUGAUCGACAGUUCCCAGAACGCAUCAAUCUACGACGCCCUGAGCACCUCGUACGACGGUUCUACGAAGAGUACCUGGAUCAUCAUGAAAGUAGGUGGUCUGGUCACGACCCAGCGUACCAAAGCAAAGCAGACUCAGUGUCGAACAUGUGGGUAGAGGAUAUCCCUUGGAUGCCAAAGUCUCGGCCACUUGAGAUCCAGGAUGUGCAUAUGUCCAAGCUGCACACUGCCGUGCUCACGACAGACCCCGAAGCCAACUUAUACAUGUGUGGCCAUGGACAAGGAGGCCGCCUAGGAACUGGAGAUGAGCGCACGCGCUUCCACUUUGUAUGCAUCGAAGGUGGUGCGCUCGCUGGCAAACGGGUCGCUACUGUAGCCCUUGGCCAGAACCACACACUAGCUCUCUCUGACGACGGCGAGAUAUUUUCAUGGGGCAACAAUGCAUACGGGCAGUUGGGCUACAAUCUGCCAAAGGCGCCAAACGAUGAGGAGCCCAUUACUACGAUUCCACAACAGAUCUUUGGACCUUUGAAGCGGGAGACGGUCAUUGGCGUGGCCGCGUCUCGCGUCCACUCAGUGGCCCAUACAGCGACCUCAUUGUACGUGAUGGGUAAGAACGAUGGACAGCUCGGAAUUGUCGACUCGGAUGCUCGCUCUCUGGACAUGCAGGUUGCUCCUCGAAGGGUCGCCGCAGCCUUAUUCACAUCAGCCAUAGCAUCCGUGGCGGCCAUCGACAGUGCUACUGUCUGCUUGCUGGACAAUCAUGAUGUCUGGGUCUUUGCUAACUUUGGGUAUGCCAAGGUGCCGUUUCCGCUUGAUGGCUUCACCAAUUACUUCCUCCGACAGAGCUUCUUGGUGACCACGUAUGACUCUGCGCCCAAUCAAAUUAGCAAAGUCACUGCUGAAGGCGACACCAUCUGCGCUCUCUCCACCCGCGGCGAGGUCUACACCGUCUCCAUCAGUCAGCGACAAGACACCAAGGCUAGCGUCUCCACCACCAAUCCAACCAAGAUACGUGGCGCGAUCUCAACACCGCAGCGCAUUUGGUCGCCUAAGAAAAGUAGCAUGGCGGCCAGAGACGUCGGCCUUGACACUGAUGGCAGUAUCAUUCUGUCUACGGAAGAGGGCAGUGUGUGGAACCGUACUAAGCGCGCCACCAUGAAGGAUGCAUCGAAUGUCGCCACCUCAGAGUAUAAGCCCAAGGAUUACAAAUUCUCGCGGGUUCCUGGCUUGACACGUGUAAUGGCUGUGCGAUCAUCUGGCCAUGGUGCCUAUGCUGCCAUCCGUCGCGACUGCGAUGUGCUGCAGACCCAGGUCGUGGUCGAAGACCCGACUCUGUGGAAAGAUCUAUUCCCACUGCUCUCGCUGAGUCAACUUAUCGACCACAAUAUCGAGAGCGAAGACGAUACAUCGCGACAUCGGUUCUGGCAAGGCACAAAGCGGCCAAGCGAAGUUCUGCUGCUCAGAAAGGCUGUUCUUCGGUGCGCGGACAUCGGUGCAGACUUGAAGACGCUGUUUGAGAACGGUUGGAACAGACCGGCCACAAAAUACGAUGCGCUGUUGGCGACAACGUCUUCCGAAGUCAGGAUCCCGGUCCACCGGUGGCUGCUGACUGCCCGCAGCCGAGUCCUCCGUAGAGGUUUCAGCAAUCUCUGCGAGAUGAGCACCUUUACCAUUCCAGAUUUUGCCAGAUCGGAGCUUGAUGAUGAAGGAAGAGUCGUGAUCACUUUCCAAGGGCUGGACUUGCUCACGAUACUCGACCUCGCACUGUACAUAUACACCGAUACAGUCGUGGACUUCUGGCACUUCGUAAAGAGCGCGCCGAAGAUGGCAUAUAGCUAUCGCCAGGUACGCACUGAGCUGAUGAAGGUUGCGACGAGACUAGAGCUCGCCAAGCUCGAGCCCGCCGUCCGUCAAAUGGUUGAACCUCGACCUUGUCUUGACAUGGACAUGGAGAUUGCGCACGGCGAUCCGGCAUACUUCUACGAUGGUGACGUUGUUAUCGAGCUGGAAGACGACGAAGUCAAAGUGCAUAGCACUUUAAUGCGAACCCGUUGUCCAUUCUUCGAAGGAAUGUUCAUGGGACGUUCUCGAGGUGGAUGGCUCGCUGGCCGCGAUGAUCAUGCCGAGGUCAACGUCGAUCUUAAGCACAUUAACUCGAAGACCUUCAGCCUGGUCUUGCGCCACAUCUACUGCGAUUCCGGCGAGGAACUGUUCGAUGAAAUUGUCAGCGUUGACAUCGAUGACUUUCUGGACAGUGUCCUUGACGUUCUGUCCGCGGCAAAUGAACUCAUGCUAGAUCGGCUACAGCAGAUUGCGCAAGCAGUCAUUGGAAGAUUCGUCAAUGUCCGUAAUGUCUGCGAUUUGCUCAACGCCAUCGCACCCAGCUCGGUACGAGAGUUCAAGGACGCUGGACUGGAGUAUCUUUGUCUCAAUCUCGAGGCCAUGUUACAGGGGCAGUACCUUGGUAGUCUAGACGAAGAUCUUCUUCUCGAACUUGACAAAGUUGUGCGUGGGAACCAACUGGCGUACAUGCCAUUCGCGAAAAGUGGUCGCGCGGCAAGAGAGCUUUUGGACCAACAUCCUGAGCUGGCCGCUACCAUGGAUCGGAACAAGCGGGCGAAGGUUGACAACAUCGCGCUCAAGGCCAAGUACGAUAGAUUUGUCUCGUUUGCACCAGGAUCUUUGGACGAGGAUAAUGCGGCUUCGCCAAUGCAACUCAAAACUCGCCGGCGCUCCUCGAAUACAGUCAGGACCUCGACUGAUCACCCUUCGCUGAGAGCCAAGGCAUCCACGAAAGAUAUGAUGUUUGCCAUGGACGAGGAGGUGGACUCUGGCAUCGCUUCACCUCAAGCAUCUCCGUCUAUCAGGCCAAUGCCCAGCCCUCGUGGGCUUGAUCCGCAGAGCACACCCCCAGAUGAUGUCUGGUUCAACUCCAGGGGCAAGGCGUUGCCAUCGCCUAAGCUCGCGGCCCAAUCUGUGCAAGAUGGCUUCAUCACCCCAAGGACUCCAAUAUCGCCACUCAUGGCUGGCAAGACGCCGCCAAACGCUGGUCGACCAUGGACGUUGACGCCGCUUCCGGGACAGAAGAUGGAGAUGAAGGAUAUCAUGGCGCAAACGAUCUCUGGUCGAAAGUCUUCGAUCACACAAGGCCUAGCUGCUGCAAAGGGAUCAGAAGACCCAAUGGACGUACCUGCUCCCUUUCGUCUUCCUGGACCGAAGAUGUCGCAAAAGGACCGUAAGCGAAUGCAACAAGUCCACCAAGCGAGCCUACGUGCUUCGCCUGCACCAGAAGAGGCGGAAGUCAAAUCCUUCUCGUGGCAAGCUGUUUCCAACCAGAAGCGGCCGGGCCUGAAGGAUGUGAUCGAGUGCGAGUCGACUUCAAAAGGCUCUCCUUCACGGUCGCCCAGCACUCCCACGCUCACGACAAGGCAGACUGUUGCCAAUCCAAAGGCUUCGUCAUCAUCGAAGCCAGCAAUUGGUCCCGCUAGCCCAUCUCUGCGACAGCUCAGUGUCACGGAACACAAGACAAUGGCGACCAAUGGAGCGGAGGGCAAGGGUCAGGCGAACAGUGUCUCACACGUCAGCAAUAGCAAGCCUAUCCCACAAUCCGUUCGCCACCAGCCGGUCGUAGAUCCCGCAUGGGGUCUCAGUAUGUCUGAGAUCGUGGCGCAACAAGAGCUGGAGAAGAACGCAAUCAAGGAGGCUGCUGCAAAGCGAGACCUGCAGGAGAUACAGGCAGAGCAGGAAUUCCAGGAAUGGUGGGAGAAGGAGAGCGCAAGGGUGCAAGAAGCGGAACAGCAAGCGACGGCUGCUGCGACCAAGGCGCCGAAACGAAAUAGGGGACGAAGGGGUCACGCUGGAAGAGGCGGUAAGGGUACUGGCGGCAAGGGACGCGAGCAUGCCGCCAACGGUGGUGAGAUCAGCACUGCAACAUCAAGCGCCACAAAGCCAACACGGUGA